AAUUCUAGAUAGAGAAAACAUUAGGGUUGCCGUCCUCUUGUCGUUCCGUGGCCGUUCGCUGCACUCCGACCGUCUCUUCGGCGACACACUCGAGGUCAGUCCCUCUGUUCUGCUCAUUCCAUGUCUGUCGAGUCUUCCACUCUUCGCACGUCCAAAGCCGAGCAUGGGCUCGUGCUCGGCAGCCAGUGUUCUGUACCCCAAGGCGGCCAAGCGGAGCAGCCGGGUUCCCCAUCCAUUGAGGAAAUCGCGGCCGUAGAGGUGCCCGGGGAAACCGAGCCCCGCCUCCAGAAGCGCACAUUGCUCGUGGACUCGCUCAUCCGCGAGUGCAAGUGCGACUUGUCGAGUGACGAGUUCCUCAAGGCGGUGCGCUACGCUGGCCCCCUCGUGACCGUUCGUCGCCCUACCCCGGAGGAGUCGGUCUUCGACGCUCCUCCGGGCUACUUUUCCAUCCAUCUCAAGUCCCUUGAGAGCGGCUUCCGCUUCCCCCUCGAAUCUUUGGUCAUCGACUUCUUUAAGUACUUUGACUUCCUCCCGUGUCAAUUGGUGCGAAACUCGCACCGGUACUUGGCGGGGUUCUUGAUCCGCUGUCAGGAGAUGGGCGUGCGUGCCGACCUUGAGCGCCUACUGACCCUGUUCCGAGUGGCUAAGUCUUCCGGGUCGGAUGGGGGUUCUUUUGCCGCCCUCUGCCAGCGGCAAGAGAGACUUUUUAGGGACUUUUUAAAACCAAGGAGUCCAACAGGACUUGGAAGUCCAAUGAAUGACGAAGCUCUUGCCAAGUUCGGGUUCGUCUUCCAUGAUGAGGACGAGCCCAAGCACAGGGUCGUCCAGAGCCAGCUUGAGGAGGGGCCCUCAGGUGAAAUCAUGAUUUCCGCGGCCGAUCGGAAGAAGCUGUUCAAGUCUAAGGCGCGCGCGGUGUCCAGCCAAGAACGGCCUCCGCUCCCAACUCCCGCACCGUCUGCCGAGCAUGCCUGGGCGAGUAAGAAGCGCAAGGAGGUGAGCUCCUCGGCGGAAGAAGCUUCGCUGAGCGGGGCGAGGUCUCCACCCUCGCGCUCGGUGGACUGCGGGAACCCGGCCUUCGUGAAGGUGGCGUUCCCCCUCAAACCUUCGUUCUUGCAUGGGGACUAUGAGCCUCGCCGUUUUCUGCAGAGCUUCAUCCCUCCGCUAGACCGAAUGGAGAUAAGUUCGGCCGCCACGCAGGACCUCGCCUCCACUCUCUUGCUCGAGUUGGGCUCGGUGGCCAUGCGCGCCCCAGAGCAGGUGGAGCGCUUCGAGUGGUAUGUGGCGGAGAAGGCCAAGGGCGAAUAGGAGCUUCGGAGGCUGCAAGAGCACGUGGCUGGCCUCGAGGGGAAGCUUGGUGACGCGGAGGAGCGAGCUCGAGUUGCGGAGCUGGCCCGCAUUGCUGCUGAGGAGAAGGCGCGCCAUCUUGAUGAGGAAGCCGAGCAUGUAAUUGAGGCCUUUCAGACCUCCCCUGCGUUCGAGGAGGCGGCUCUCUCCCGCAUGGACGAUCUUUUGAAGAUCUGGGCUCAAACUCCGGCCGGCCAGCGUCUCCUUCUCAAAGAAGGGCAAGCCAACUAUUCCCUGGGG